CUCAAUUUAUCCCCCGGAUUUUGUACGAUCCUAGCGCGCUCUUAAGUCCGGUGCUAUGGGGUACUCGGCGCAACGACAACACUCUUCCAUAAUCCCGACAGAGACGGACAUCAACGAUGUGAACCGCCGAUGGUCGCGGCCCCGGUACAAUUCCCAGGCCGAGCCAGCAGGUGCCUCCAGGCGUAGUCUGAGUACCAGUACUGAGCUACCAAAUAUAAAACCUCAUCGCCCUUCGAGAGGCUGUUAAUACUGAAGUGGGCCAAGUUCUCAACAUCACCGAAAUCAACAACUUACAAGAAAUGUCUCGCUCAAUCUACCUCGGUGCCGAUGGCCAACUCACCAUCAAGCAAGUCACGGAAGACUACACACCCCAAAAGCUUCAAGCCCUUGUGUCGAUCAAAUACUCGGGCAUCAACCCCUGCGAUCUCAACUUCUUUCACGUAGGCCUUAACUCCUUCGUCACCGGCUUCGAGUUCGCCGGCAUCGUCGAAGCAGUCGGACCUGAAUCUACCUUACAGAUUGGUGACGCUGUUCUCGGCAUCUCGCCCGUCGGUUUCCCCCAAAACUCCUCGGCAUGUACGCACCAAGACAAGACCAUCGUCGAGAGCACUCUCACUUUCAAGCUGCCGCCCGGCCUCGACCUCAAAGACGCCGGGGGGCUAGCCCUCACGACGCAGACUGCCGCCGACGCCAUCUUCAACGUUCUCGGCUUCGCCUUUCCCGCCGCGGGCAUCGCCGGGACUGACGGGACCGACAAACCGAUACUGGUUUGGGGCGGCGCCAGCAGUGUCGGCAUCGCGGCCAUCCAGCUUGCCAAGGCGGCGGGUUUCAAUCACAUCUUCGCGACCGCGUCCGCCAAGAACCACGCUGCGCUACAAAAGCUCGGGGCCACACAUUGCUUCGACUACAAGAGCCCUACCGUCACCAGCGAUAUCCGUGCCGCCGCAAAGGACCUUGGUGUGAGCCUUACUACGGGCUUUGAUACCGUCGGUAGCGGCCUUCAUGGCCCAAAUGCUGACGCCGAGACGUCUACGCCGGCGCUUCUCCGUAGAAGCCUGUCUGAAGGUGCUGGUGAGGAAUCCAUCAAGCUUGUGUGUACGCAGCCCGUGGCCCAUGAUCCUGCUUUCGGCUUCUGUACGUCCUAUCGGCCUGUUGGUAGCGUUGGUGCCAUGGGACACCCUCAAGACCCUGAAUUCCCGAUUCGCUUGCGUACGGUUAUGGAACAUGCUCUGAGCUCUACUGAAAGAGCUCCAAAGCACCCGAAUGUCACUGUUGCUAAGGGCGGCGAAGCCGGCUUGCGGGAGAUUCAGCGGGUGGCCUACGGUGGUGCUUCGUUGGAGAAGGUUGUGAUUGAGCAUCCAAUCUAGAUGGGCUGAGGGUUUAUGAUGCGAAGGGCAAAUGCGACUCUCAAGCAAGGGUUAGAGUAGCAGAAUCGAAAGGUUGGAUGCUUCGAAUUAG